AUGGAAAGAAUUGAUAUUUCAACGAACUCUAGCUCUAUAAAGCAAGCCUAUGAGAAAGUCGUUCGUGGUGACGGUGGUGCCACAUACAGCGUCUUCUCUGUGGACAAAAAUGGCACGCUUGAAGUAUCGAAUGUGAGCACAGGUCCGUUGGAGGACUUUGUUGAGGAAUUUUCGGACGGAAUUGUACAAUUUGGUUUGGCUAAAGUAACAGUUCCUGGCUCCGAUGUUAGCAAAAAUUUGUUACUUGGCUGGUGUCCCGACAACGCCCCCGCUAAGUCCAGAUUGUCUUACGCCGCAAACUUUGCUGAUGUUUCUAAGGUAUUGAGUGGAUACCACGUUCAAAUAACGGCACGCGACCAUGAUGACUUGGAUGUGGAGGAGUUUGUCAGCAGAGUGGCGGCAGCAGCUGGUGCUAGGUAUACUGCCCAUUCAGCCCCUUCGUCAGGAUCUGGCAAGUCUACUACAUCAAAAGCAGCAGGAGAAUCAGUUCCAGGCAGCAAGAUCAGCUCGAGGCCAGUAAAUCCCAAACCAGUCGCAAAGCCUACAUUUCCGAGCCCUUCGAAGCCCUCAUCCAAACAGCUCUCCAAAAGCACUGUGGACGAGGACGAUGGAUGGGCCGGAGAACAAGAACUUGAAGAACGCGAUUUGGAAAAGCAGCCUUUAGAAGAUGUCCCCUCGGCGUACAAGCCUACAAAGGUGAACAUUGCAGAAUUGAGAAAACAGAAGUCUGAUACUGUGUCAUCAAAGAAGUCAGAAUUAAGUUCUGAAAUUGUGAGUUCAUCCGAGAAACCAUCGGAUGGUAGACUCACAGCUUUACCCAAACCUAAGGUUGGUAGUUCUGUUGCCUCGCGUUAUACUGCUGCGACCAAAAAUGCUUCUGGUGCCACUUUCGGAGCAAAACCCCUUAACAAAUCGAAGCCAAACGAUAAGGUCGUAGGAGGAUUAUCGAGAGACUUCGGGUCAUCUGGUGGUAAAACUCCAGCUCAAUUGUGGGCUGAGAAAAAAGGAAUGUACAAAGAUGUGAAGGCUGAAGAGAACGAUUUACCUAAAACAGAGAACGAAAACUAUGCCAGUGAUGAUGCAGGUGCUGAGGGCGCUGAGGAAGUUGACGAAGUUGACGAAGAUGAAGGUAUCGAAAGUGACACCAAGCAGAGCAACGACCAUGAUUUGACUGGCCUGAAAGAUGAUGACGAUAAGAUUGAAUCGAGAAUUGAGAAGCUUGGAAUCUCUGAUGAAGCAAAGCCACAGGAUGGCCCUGUUGCAACGCCAAAUAAGCUGCAAACUUCGAGCUCUACAUCUGAAACCAAGAAUGCUAAUUCAGCUAAGGCAGACUAUGACUAUGACAAGGAUGAGGAUAAUGAGCUCGAAUUUGAAGAAGAUGACAUAAUCGUGGACAUUGAAUUUGUUGAUGAAGAGUGGUGGUCUGGGAAGAACAAGCGGACUGGGGAGCUGGGAUUAUUCCCUGCCUCCUAUGUAACCUUGUCUGAAGAUUCUGCUGGUGAAAAAGCUGAUGCAGUCCUGGAGGGUCAAACUGUCGUUGCAGAUGAAUCGAAAACUGCUGUAGCUGAGUUCGCCUACGAAAAGGAUGAGGAUAACGAAAUUGCCUUCGACGAGGGAGACUUGAUCGUUGAUAUCGAAUUCGUAGAUGAUAGCUGGUGGUCAGGCAAAAACUCCUCCACAGGGGAGAUUGGCUUGUUUCCUUCAAACUAUGUGAAAUUGAACUAG